AUGCUCCUCGGCGAAAUACUCUAUAUCCUUCGAUACCGCGUGUAUGUGGAGACCUGGAGUGGUAAGUCCAGCUUUAUCUUCGUGCUCUCGUUCUCUAAACCAAUUUAGCGAUUAUCUCCAUUUUUGCGCUUGAUCUGACCCUUCUUUUUUAUUUAGAAAAAUACUUGUCGGGCGCUAUUGAUAUUCGACAUAGGCAAAACGAUUAUUAUUAGUGAACCUUUUGUAUGUAUUUUCGAGAAAUCGAUGGUAGAUUUUACUUGGGCGUCAAAAAGUAAUCAAGAAUUAAUAUUACCUAAGUAGUGUAUUGUUCAUGCACGAGAUCUCUGCAGGUGUUCGCGGAGAUUCUUCUUCGGAAGUCAUGGUGCUAACUGCGUGUGCUCCGUGUUUAUGAAUAUUGUCAAUACAGUUAUUAAUCCUUCCCAUUUUAAGGAUUAUUUAAGAGGUAGGUUUGUGGUCGACAAUUUUCAGAGCGCAUUCUGUGUGCGCACUGCGCAGGCACCUUUACUUACUUUUUGAAAAGCAUGUACGAGAGUUUUGAGUGAUCGGGUGUCUGACUCUCUCAAAUGAUGAACUCCACCACUGUCCAACGAGGUGGACUCAACGGUGAAUUUACGCCUGAACUUGUUCAUAAUGGAACCGACUUUGACUGCAACCACCUCACAUUCUACUUUGAAGUGUAUCGCACUUUGAUGGCAAAACUAACUCGGGAGGAUCGAAUCUUGCAGACGUAAAACAUGCGUAAAGGCCAUAUUAAGAGAGAGAGAGAGAGACCCUCGUUCAAAGAAUGGGAUCCCGAGUUGUUCCCUUCAACUGGAAAACUUGAAAGCCGCAACUGCCUGCACCUCCUUAUAGGUCCAAAUGCGCCACAUUUUUGUAGUGAGGAAUGAUCUGCUUUGCCAUGCCAAGGGAUUUUCAGAACUAGCCUCACCAUCUUCUCCUUCUUUAAUUGACUCGAAGUUCAACCGUUGUUACCGACGAUGCCCCACCACGAUGUGCUCCACAGCAGGAUAGGCACAGGCACGGUGACUUGCGCGUGAAUUAGUUCGUAGUGACAACAGUCUUGUUCGUCAUCCACUACAUCCUCCUGGGCCCGCUGUUAAGAGGGUCAAGAAGACCAGGGGCGGGGUCGGGCGCAGAUAUCUGGCGCGGCGUGAGCCUGCGCCCAGGUGUGUAUGACGUUCGUUAUGGGUACGCAGUCCACUAACGCGUACUAGAUCCCGAUCCCCCACGUAUUAGUUCAGCGCAACUCCUGAAUGGUCCGUUGUAGGGGCUGCCAGCAAGUAACUAGUGAUUUGCCGGAGCCCUUCAGACAGUUGUCGAUAAGAUUGGGUACAGAGGCGGAAGUGGCAUCUGGCUCCAUCUGACAGUUGGCACACUUCUGUGCGACAGAAGUUUAGGACCCACGCAGACUUAUCGCAACUCGUCAAACGCAUUGCAUGGGCCGAUUUGACCCCAGCUUUGGUCCAGCCCAACACUAGUGCAGUCCACUUGACUCUGCGUCUUGAGUGGCCUCUCAUUCGCCAAAGCUCCACCCGCUGCCAUCUGUCAGAAACUUCGACCCUCAACCUGAUGUGCCGGAGUGGGGAACGGGGACGCCGACUUUUGAAUUCGGCAACUAAAGAAAACCACCCCACCGCCCAACCGUCCAAUGCAACUUCUGUCCAAUGGGCAAUAGCUUAAUCAGGCUUUGGGUCGACCGGAGGGUUUUGUCUGCGCGUUCUAGGAGCAUUUUAUGAAGUCCAGUGACACUGCGGGAAUUUAUUUCCUCUUGAACAACAGAACCAACACGCUUGAUUUCGUGAACCAUUUCGUGACUGAUGCCUGGUGUUACUCAGACGUAACCAGGUCUUUUACGUUGCUGAUUUUGUUCUCUUGGCGUCCGAUCGUUUGAACUGAGCGGGAUCUAGUCUUUAAAGCUGACCCCUCCAAAACUCGCUUCUUCGUUCACAUGCGCGCACUUUUAUACUAGUAGAAUUUGACACCGCUUCCCUUUGACGCGAUUGUCAACUUUUCAUGUCAGACCUGAAGCUAUAGCUAUUUUAAGUGUACUCAGUCUUUUCAUGCAUCUUGAUGACUCACGUCUCGACGUUUAAUGGCAGUGAGCCGAGGAUGUCAGAUGGCGACAUGCCACAUCCUUCAAAGCGACCUAAUCAGUCUGAAAUUGCAUCCAUCACAAGCAGCUAUUGCACGCCGGGCUUGACAGAGGCGUGAACUUGAAGCAUGGCAGAAACUUGGGGUCGACCCUUGACUCCUUCUAGGGCGGGUGUUUAGUUGAUGCACCAACUAUGGGAAACUUGGUUUCUAUCAAUUUUGGCCCUUGUGGACAUCUUAGUGAUUCUGGCCUUUCGAAAUGUCCUUUUACCUGUAAGGUAAAUGGGUCAGUAUCAUUGCGCCUAGAGGUUAAAGACCUGAUUUACUAUUACUGACCUAAUUUAUUGUUCACGAAAUCACUAAUCUUCUUCGCAGGCCUAUGCGACUUUCGAGUAAAAACCGCCUCCGAUCCCAACUACCCCCCAGUGUUACUUCACCCGCUUUUUAUAACCGCGAAGAUUCAUUUUUAUAUUAUUUUAUUGCUUUACAAAGUUUCACAGAAUCUUUUGGGUAAACACAAGAAAAUAGUGCGAUUUAAACCUAACCUCUUGGCUUAAGUAUAAACACGCAUUUCUAUUUUCUAAACACUAGUAGCUCAGCGAAGCUGCAUGCUCAGAACGCACAAGAGGGCUGAGUACCACCGAUCUGUUUCGUUUGAUUUUGUUUAUUCUUCUAUGUAAACUCUCUUGGUAGCAUUUUUUUCCAGACGGAUCUAAGGCAUUUGUUUUCGAAUUGCGGCGGGAGCUUACUCUCAACGGAGUGACGAUACCGUCACAUUUGUGCGGCCAGGCGCUGAUUUCAGGGCUACUUUGCAGCCUGUGUAUUAGUGGACAGUUUCCUGAGAUUUGAGAAUGGCACAAUGAAACCGUAGGGUCACCCAAAAGUUACAAAUGUCCUAGAGACUACGGGUGUACUAAUGGGCUGGAAGACGUUUAUCCCUGCACUUUUUGCUUUUUGUAUGACAUCGCCUACGAGAACUCUAACUCGGACCUUUAGGUCAAAUCACAAAGCUCAUUAUUAGCCCUGUAAUGAGGAUAAUUUCCAAAUAUUUGGUCUGCAUUUAGUUUAUUUCAUGGUUGAAUAGGAAGGGCUGACAGCAGUAAGCCAUACAGGAUGAUUUCAGACUCCCUUGUCUUUGUCAGCAAAACUUAUCACAAUCGAACUUCGUUAUCAUUUUCUGACAAUUUAGUAGGACCUUUGUGCCUCUAACACCAAUCUGCAAAGUGAUGCUUGUCUAUCCGAACUUUCCGUUCAACACCAUUAGGUUCCACUGUGGUAGCUAGCGUGUUCAAUUUAACUGCUUGCUUUAUAGUACCUUUGUUCUUAUGGUGGAGUUGCUACCUCUAGAACCUUCGGCCUAUUCUUUUUGCUCUAUAGGCUGCGAUUUUUUGGAAGCUCUGUCGGAUUGGGGUAUCUUCUUCAGACUUGGCGUUCCCGGUAUCUUAAUGAUUGCCCUUGAGGAGUGGUGUCUAGAACUGAAUACAUUUGUUGCCGGUAAGCCCCACUCCUCUGUUUUUACUUACCCACUUUGGACGGCAUUCUUGACAUGGGCUACGUUCAGUUGUAAAAUUCGCACAUUUCAACUCUUUUUUUCUCCCUUCUAGGUACCAUGAGUGAGGAAGUUCUGGGUGCCCAGGCCAUCGCAUUCCAGAUUCAGUCUAUUAUUUACAUGGUAAGUUCUUGUUGCUGUCUGAGGUGUCUGUCCAAUCUUCGAAAAGCAUAUUAUUUAAAGGAACCGUUUAAAUCGAAAAACUUCACAUGCGAGUUGCCACUUUGCCCUUACACAAACUAGCCUUCUCUGACCCUCGGUGCUUUGACAAUCACUUGGGCGCUCCAAAAUAAACUCAUUCAUGGAAAAUUGUUGCUGAUAACUAGGCAAGCUGGAAUGAACUUCCCUGCCCUACUGGCUGCCCUCAUCCAGUGAUUCCCAAACCCCAGUCCCUGGUGCGUUUGAAAUUUGAAUCUAGACCCGGUGGGCAAUAGUACGUCUUGUGACAGUCAAGGAAAUCUUCUCAACUGUAAUCGCAUGUAAUAAGUUCUUUCCAGUCCACUGGCAGAAGUCAAAGUUGCCGCGUGUCUGGAGUGGUUCAACAAAUAGUCAGGCAAAUACACGAUGACCCGACGGCCAUCACAAAGCGCAACGAAUAGAAUUUGGAAACCCUAUCAACGACAGCUAGGGUGAAGUGAGCCAUGAGGAAUGCUUGAAAGCGCAUGACUACAGACGCUGUCGUUCUGCUGCUCCGAAUUGCUGGGGAUACCAGCACAUGUUACUUGGCGUCUGUUGGUGGCGGAGACGGGGACUGGAGGUAAUCUGCCGACGGCCUCCUGAUCGCUCCCGGUCCUCAGUAGUGAAUGUACUGAGUAGAGCACUCAGUUGUUUAACUAACUGCUCCGGCUGGUCCAGGUAUAGGUCAGACCCUUAAGAAGUUGAGUUGGCGGUAUGAUUGGUGCUAUGAGUUUCAACAACUCUCAACGCCAUGAUUUUAUUGACAAGCUCUGCUAGUUCCUUAAGCUUCAUUGAGAAACUGCCAGGACUGUCUGGGCUCCGGGUGGUGCGUGUUGCGAAAAACGUUGACAGAGAAUUGUGGUCUCGAACUCGCGUCCGCCAAAAAGCUGCUGCAGUUGUGACCGUUUCCAGUCGCCAAGUUUCUCGCCAUUCGGUGUGAGGAGAACGGGUAUUGAUUUCUCGCAUUGCGACAUCAAACUGGAACUUGAUGAAAGGCUCCUGUUGCUGCCGACGGGAUGGGUCACCAAUGUGUGGCAGCGAAGGCUAGCUGUUCAACUGUAACCACGUGCAAUAAGUUCUUUGCCGUCUAAUGGCAGAAACCAGACUGCUGUGCGUGUUAGUACUCUUAUUCUGUGAGUCAACAGUCGCCUUGACUUGGCGACUUGUUCGUAAGUCAGAACAAGGUGGAUUUUGUCUGCAUAUCUGACACACACGUGCCAACAUGAGUGAUUGGUUGAGUUAUUUGUGUUUGACGUGUGAUUGGUUGGCCUGCGACUUAAGUCGAGACUGCAUGAUCACGAGAUGCCGCGGUAGGCAACCCUUGCCUGCCGACGCACCGGAGGUGCCUGUUUGUGGGCGCAGCUGGGCCAGGGGCGCCUCAGGUGAACCCCGAGGGGUGGCCGUGCGUUGGAAGCACACUUGCAGAUCAGCUCGGCUGUUGGGGCCGUGGACUUACAGCCAGGCGGCGGCGCGGCUGACGUGUCGUAAGGCCUCGGUUUGCUGCGUGGCCCACGUGCGCAAAAGUUUUGGACUCACUUAACGGCGCACGCAGGCCUGUACGCUCCCCCCCCCUCCGUUUUAUGCUUGUGCUGACCCACGGAGCACCCAUUGAAGACUGCGAGUGCGCCGCUGGCUGCGCCUUCGUACCGCGUGACAAAGGAGCAGUUAUCGUCACAAUGGCGCGUCCCUUGGCACAAAGUCCCAGUGUGUAGAAUUGGUUGAUUCUUCCCACUCCCAAGUGAUACUCCUCAUCCGUCUCAGAAAUAAUCUUACUAACAUUAUUUGCCACCAAUUGAAACUCUUUCUUUUUUGUGCUCGGUGUCAUUAUCUAAGAAUAACUUGACGGAAGGUUAGUCCUUAUAGUACCCACUCUUAAUGAUCUGUCCUCGACUAGGUCGGCCUGACCAGAAUCACCCCGUGGGAGAAGUAAAGUCAGGGUAGACGCUCUCCCCUCUGUAAUAUCUACUGUCCUUGUCCUUACUCAUAAUUGUUGUUUUUCUUUUAUUGCCCUUACCUACUUCUCUGUUCCUUUUUGCUUUACUUACAUGGACUCGAUCUGAAGAAUAGCAGGGUUGUUGGGUGUAUUUCCAAUGCUGUGAUGUACGCACAAUCUUAUCUACACCAAUAAUUUUCAACAUCUUCCUGAGAUGGGAUUCUUCACGAGCCUUUUUUAUGCAGCCGCAAAAGUUUUUUCCGCAAAAGAUCAGCAUGCCACUAUAGGACUUAGUAUGAGACUAUACUUCGUGAUUAUCGGUGUUUCGUUUUUGUGGGUUUCGGCCAUCUUUUCCCCCAUGCCUUCCUACCCUUCAUCCCCCAACGCCCGAAUCACACUACCCUAAAAUGGGCCGCUGUUAACAGUUUGAACACUCAGGAGUAAACUGUUGACUACCCAAAGGGCCCUCUGCCUCCUCGAUAGUACGUGGGAGUAAUUACUACUGGGGAACUGCAAAUUUUUUUGAAAAUCGUAUGUGUUUCUUAUGGCUGCUGCCAGGCGUUUCGAACAAUGGUGGCAACAUCAAGGGUUGUCUGGCUUUAGUAGUUAAAGUUAGUUACAUGAGUCCAAAUUCUGAUUAACAACCGGCCUUUAACCGAACGUCGUAUGUCUUUUUUGAGUGCGAACCCGACUAAUCAUGUCGGGUCAGUAUUAGCAGUCAGAAACUAAUAAUUGAAAACUUAAGGUAUAUGGCUUAUUUAAAUGUAGACAUGUGGCAGGAAAGCGUUAGCGAAAAAAUUGAUUGUAAUGGCCAUUUCUGCCUCAUUUCCCGUCAUCAUUUGGUGAUGUUGGGACCCUAGUCUGCUCGCAUGAGACUCAAACACGAGUGGUGAGGGCUUCGCCCCACUGUCGAUUGACUCGAAUUCGAAUUUCGGACGUGCAUUCCAAAGUUCGACUGUCUCCUGAUGAUGAAGACAAAUGACAUUCCUUUGUCCCCGUUUUUGUCGAAAAACCUCCUUCAACGAUUACUAAUCGGUUUGCCGACAUUCGUAAUAGAUCGGUCCAGUCCCUCUCAUGUGGCUAAAAUUUUGACAGGGUUUGCUCUAACGACGUAGGCUAGAUUGGGGAUGUACAUAUCCGCACCGUGCGACCGACAGCAGGACUCCAGAUCGAGAAAGUCUCGUAACUUAGUCGCUAGGCGUCUUUCCAACAAUAUAUACAUGCUAAAAAUACUAUACCGUUCCCUCGACCUAGGUGCUAAUUAAAAACUCAGGCACGUGCUUCGCCGACAUUCUGCCGCUGCGUGACACAGCUGCGAGGGGUUCGGCUUCUCAGCGGCUCCCCCAGCGUUCUCUAUGCGGUUUCUGGUAGAUGAAAUUUCAUGCUACUUGUGGUACCACUCGUUUGUAGAAUGGUACUACGUGCUUAUUCCACAGUAGUUGAUUGUCUUCGACUCAAAUGCUCACUGAAAUUUCGGGUCUGACCCUAAAUGUCCCGGAGACCUAACUCCAUGCCCUGCACUAAAUAAUUUCUGAACUUACUUACUUGAUAUAUACAUAUAUAUUUGCCUGUUCCUGACCUUUGUCACCCAUACGGAGCUUGUUUGCUUCGGAAAGCCAAUACAUCGGUGUGCGCCUAUUCCGGAUUGAAUAAAUACCCGAUCUGCAGUGACAGAGAAUGACAGGUGGCGAGGCAUUAAUGAACUUCGGUUCAAUGAAGUGCUUAUGACCCAUCUGGUAGGCUUCAUUGAUGGACCAACUGCGCCAGGUGCGUCUGUGCGCAUGUUUGUGUUUCUGGUCCCCACUGCUGGUCAGGGUUAUGAUUUGCUGAAUGAAGGCAAAAUAAGCCCGAAACAGUACUGUAUCAAUCUACCCGCAUUCUCUAUUGUCCCUUCUUGCUGCUAUUAUGACUUGGCCGACUUCGGCCUACUAAUUGGUUGCCUGUUCGUGACCUUUGCCACCCAUACAUGGCUUGUUUGCUUCGUGAAGCGAAUAGAUCGGCGUGCGCCCAUUCCUGAUUGAACAUAUAUAUAUAUGUAUGUAUGAAAAAGAGGUUCUUCGGAGAAAAUCGAGUUGUGCUCGUGAAUAUUCGGAUUGGUGACACCAACCCGUCGUCAGACGAAAUGAAGUUAAAAGAGAACGUGAGACAGUGACACUAGACUAGUUGACGCGACAGGACAAACAUUGACGGGCGGACCAUUAGCGUGUGAGGAGUAAUGGGAACAGGGAGUCAUGCUGGGUUCUGAGCCGGGAGGGAAGGAGGGUUGGUGUCACCUAUUCGAAAAUUCACAAGUACAACUCGAUUUGUCCCGAAAAACAUCAUCUGUUUUAAUUAUACCGUCUCGGAAUGCAUACCACCUCUGCUCUACAAUAUAUAUAUAUAUAUAUAUAUAUAUAUAUAUAUAUAUAUAUAUAUCAGGUAAAUAAUUUCAGAAAUUAAUCAGUGCAGGACUUGGAGUUUAAUCUCCGGAACAUGGCGUUUUAGGGUAAGGACCGAAAUUUCAAUGAACAUUUGAGUCGAAGACAAUCACCUACUGUGGAAUAACCACGUAAUGCCCAUUCUACAAACAAGUAGUACUACGAGUAGUAUGAAUUCCAUAUGGUAAAGGUAUUAUACCGUACUCCCGACAUAGAUACUUGCUAAAAGCCCAGACACGUGUUUCGCCGAUAUUCUGCCGCUGCGUGACACAGCUGCGAGGGGUUCGGCUCUUCAGUGGGACCCCCAGCGUUCUCUAGCGGUUUCCGGUAUAUGAACUCCAGAGAAUAAUCAGGUGAUUAAUUUCUGAAAUUAUUCACCUGAUUAUUCUCUCUGGAGUUCAUAUACCAGAAACCGCUAGAGAACGCUGAAGAGCCGAACCCCUCGCAGCUGUGUCACGCAGCGGCAGAAUAUCAGCGAAACACGUGUCUGGGCUUUUAGCAAGUAUCUAUGUCGGGAGUACGGUAUAAUGCCUUUACCAUAUGGAAUUCAUACUACUCGUAGUACUACUUGUUUGUAGAAUGGGCACCGCAACUCAUGCCCUUCCACAUGUUGGGAAACGUCAGGCUGAUCUUUACUUCCUUGAUGUCCCACCAAUCUGACUUUAACUCAUCCCCUGACAAUUCGUUGUUUUUGGUUUGUUAGUACGGAUCCAGCACCACUUGUCAGUCUCACUCUUUUGAGAAAACAUUGUUUAAUGAUCAGGGCGUACGAGUGUGUGCAUCACAAUUUCUUUCCUGUUUCAAUCUGUCGAGUCUUUCUUUGCAAACCAGGCCAUAUUUUUUUCUGUCAGAUACCUCUUGGAAUAUCCACCGCAGUAAAUGUUCGUGUGGGUCAAGGCCUCGGUGCUUUCAACCCUAGCGCAGCCAAGUACACCUAUCAUACCGCGCUGACCGCCAUUGGUGAGAACUUUUUUGUGAAGUAUAUCCGAUCUAAAUUCGUGAAAGUACUCACUGUUUUGACAACAUAUCCCCGCUAACCAACCCACCCACCAAAUUUGACUGUCAGCAUUUUAAAAUAAGAAAUGCACUUGUUUUUCAGACUCGCUUACUUGAAGGCCUGCCAUCACUCAGACAACUUCUCGAUAAUGUGCCUUAUCUCCACAAAGUUAUGCGACUUUUAGCUGGAAAUGUUAACCAGUCUUUAAAGUGAAGCUUGCUUCUCGGUUAAAGUGCAUUUUCGAAGUCCUCUGGCGACUUUUAUAGUGGCGCCACAGGAAGAUCGGUUUCUGCGAUUCUUUUUAUUCUGGUCGAUGAACUCUCCAGGUAAAAUUUGCUACAGAGUGAUCACUCGAGCAGUGGCCAAGAUGAAACAGACAUCUUAAAACUAGAGCACGAAAGUUUGGGACGGAAACUUUCGCGCGUUUUCGGAAGUUACACGUCAGAUCUUAUGCUGUCUUGACUGUGUGAGGGACAGACCUCUGUGACAGUUUUCUUUAAUAAGUUCUAUUCUAGAUGUACGGCCACUAUCCAUCGGAACCCAAGACGGUGGUUGCAUAAUUGCUUGCUUAAGUCAAACCUAGCCUUAUCGUAGUAGGUUAAACUAAGCUCAAUGCUCAUUCCUGAUUGAGCUUAACCGUCGUUUUUUUGUUUGACCAAUAGAAUCGUUCGGUUUUUGCAUCUAAUUUUAUUGAAAUACUCCAGUCCACCUAAAAUUGGUUCGAUUUUCGCACAUUGUCGAGCUAACAUCGGAGACUAUUUAGAGGAAGGAGCGUCUUAGAGGUGUAUUUGACUCGAGUCUUCAAUGUUUUGUUGCCGCACCGCACCUACUUCACCCGUAUUGUUGGCGAUGUAAAUAAUGCUCGAUGGCAAGGCAUUGUCUUAUCUCAGGAAAACUACAGAAAUGUUUAUUACGACCCGAAUGCGUCUUCCACCGAUCACGUUCCAUGUCGCUCGUACAAUACAAAUUUUAACCUCCGGUAUGAUUAGUGAUGGUUCUUGUCAUGUCGCGAACCUCUAGUUUUGUCACCCCGAGAAUUCAGCAAACCAUCUUCGCGUCAUCUUAUUUAUAUUUUCAUGUAGAUGCAGUCUUCUGCAUUCUGGUUGUAGGGCAAUGAGUGAGGGGUCUUGGUAUCUGCUGUUUUGGGAACCCCUACCUUUUUAAAUUUUUCUCACGCAAAAAGGAUAUUUCCAAUUAAGUGGCUUUUUCUACUUAAGCGAACUUUGCAACUUUUAUCAACCAUUUACUUCCUCUUUGUUCGCAGCACUGCUCUUCAAUAAUGCAAUCAAUGGACGGCGGCAUUGAAACUCUAGCUAAGAGGAGUCAGAGACUGGAAUAUACACUUAUACUGUGACAGACGCAUUAACUAGUCCGUAUGUUGUAAAGAAACUGUGACUUUAGUGCCGAGACAUAGAAAACUCAUGCACAGUGGGGGAAUACCCCCUGCGAGGCGGCAUCGAACCACUGCUGCCUCCAUCCUCCCCUUCUGAUGGUGCUGGGUGCGCUGCCCCUGAGUUAUUGCCUCUGUCGUUUAUGUUAAUUAGUCGCAAGUGGCGAACUUGAGUGAGGGAGUGUAGGUGCUGUUCCUGCUGUCGCAGUAACACGUCACCCGAGUUCUUCUUUUCUCAUCACAUGUGAUUCCAUUUCUGGUGACCGUGCAGUUAAACUUGAAUCGUGAGGACUUCGAGUGAUUAUUCGAUGACGUUCAUUCGCACCCCCUCUGGCUUUAUAUCAUCAAGCGUGUUCACGCAUACGCAUAUCGACAAUCGUUGUCACAGGUAUGGUCAUCUAGAGUGAAAAUUCCCACAGAGUAGGUGUUCUCCUGAAAUUUUCUAUUCUCUUUGACGCUCUCUGCUGCCUACUGCCUGGCAGAUUGAAUGGUUGAAUUGGCGUCGUAUUUUUUUACUACCCCCAAACAUAUGAUGAUUCGUAGUGUGUUUUAUGUCUUCCCGCCUACCAACAAACUCAUACUUUUAAGUGUUACCAAAUAACUCUUUCUGUCUAUUAUAGUUCUCAUAGUCUUUCUUACGGCCGCCCCUGUCGUAAUGUUGCGACAUAGCAUCCCUUUCAUAUUUACUUCAGACCUGUAAGUACUACUUAUUCCACCUUUGAUGUUUAUUUUCCUAGUGCACUCCGUUUUGUCCCGAGUCUUGUGUUUAAGUUGCACGGGAGUUUUCCCAACUCUUUAAACAUAAUUUCUCCGUCUGAUAGAUUGACUCCGAGUAGUGCUCACUGGCACUAUGACACUGCGAUAGGACCUAUCCCUUAAGGGCUUCGUCAGUGAAUGCACAAGGACGCAUUCUUGUGGAUUAUCAGUAGAGGCCUUGCGCAGAAGUAAUAGGUGUAAAUUGUCCGACCGUUCACAUUCCUGCACUCCUGGGCAACACGGCUUAAUUUUAUUUAUUUAAGAGAGAGGCGCGCUCGUCAUACUAUUGAUAAGCAGUUUGGUAAAUAUCCAUUUGCCCCAAGGAAUGUGGGAAAUGUCUCCCUGACCAAAAUAUUUAUCAGUAGCGUUGGCUUACAUUGUUUUACUGGCAGAUUUGCAAACGAACCUUUUCCAACUGAACUCCAGACUCACUUAUCAUCUUUUUAUUUGAGAACUUUAACGGCGCAUACUCUAAGUGAAAUUCUUGUCUGCGCAUUUUCCCCAUUAACCGAUUCUACGGCUUAAUCUUCCUCCCGCUUUAAUGGCAUUUGAGUAUAGACAUACCUAUCCUUCCGGUUGUUUUGACAUCAUAGCGUUUGUGAGACUGCAUGUUUGCAGCCAAAAAUUUCUGUAAACCACACUUUAGGGGAGUUUCCUUUCGGGAAACACGACGUAGAGUCGUAUUUACGACCCCUUUAAAGGUAUUCAGUCUUCAAAUUUAAUUAUUAUACUUUCAGUAAAGGUAGGAAACACUGUUAAUCCAUCUUAAACUUUCCUGAAAACUACCCUACUUGUUGCAGAGUUUGAAUGCUCGGUAAGGAUUGCGUCUGUGACUCCCCGGCAGGACAUGGCACAAGAAACCUCCCCCCCCCCGUAAUAUAGGUGGAUUUGCCCUAUAUUCAAGCAAAAUAAUUGUUAAAUUUAAGUUUAUUGUUAGGGCUGGCGUUAAGCUUAGAGGAGGAACACGGUAAUAGGUACCCCUCCUGGGGUUUGGCACAAAGCCACAUAUAUUACGGGCAGUGGGGCGUUCCCAUUCCCGUAUCUGGACGGGCCAUAUAAGAAAUGGCAGAAGGGUGCUCACCAAUUGCGGUUGGGAACUCAUUCGUCCCGUUGUACCUUUUUGGCUCUCUCUGGAGCCCCGUCAGCAGCCGCGCAGCGGCGCUUUGCUAUAGGCAGGAUAACAAUACCGACAAAGACAAGGGAGACUGGAAUGGCCAUUUCUGGCUUUUUAGCCGUCGCCAGCGAUUCAUGCCCAAUCCCCAGUUGUGGAACACCUGGGACUCGAUACCGCGACCUAUAACGCGAUCGACGAGCGCCCUUCUACCGUCGUGUAUACCCGAUCGCAACCGACAGGACAACAAGCCCAUGGCUCAGUGGCUUGGGGCGUUGGAAUCCUGACCAACGGGUCGUGGGAUCGAGCCUCAGGUGUUCCACACCUCGGGGUUAGUUUGACUGGCUGAAGGCGGCUAGUAAGACAGAAAUGGCCAUCCCAGUCUCCCUUGUAUUUGUCAGUAAUGCCAUUCGGCGUAUAGGAACUACUCACCUAAUAUUCAUGUGGAGGUUUUGUCGCUGGGCGUUCUUGGAAGGCCGGAAAAUAUGCUGAAAUUAGGCAACAGAGACUCGUGGAUCACAAUUUUUGCAUGAUUACCUGCCCCGGCAGGUUAUUUACUCCUGGUUUAGUCAGUUAACUCCUGUCGCAGGCCAUUUCUUUUGAGAUAUCACCGAUUUCCCCAUCUUUACUUUUCAGUGAAGUGGCUGCCAAGGCCACAGAGAUCAUUCCCAUGUUGUUCAUAUUCCAGCUCUGUGAGGGCUUAGCUGUAAGUCUGUUACGCUUUUGCCAUCUUUGACCUCAUGCCUAUUUUAAACCAACGUAAAACUCAGGACAUGUACUUCAUCUAUUAAUAAACGUAAUGCGUCUGCAGGACUGUAACCGUUUGCCUUUGCUAAAAUGAAGACACUUCGCGUCUCAUGUGAGAGCAGUUGGUUUUUGUUGCCUUCCCGAAAUCACCACUAACCUGUUUAUCUCUAAUAUCGGACUGAACCAGCUAUUCUAUUCAUGUUGUAGCAUAUCUGUCCUUCGGGAAAUUUCAGCUGACCGCGACUAACGAUAACCGUUUCCUUGUUUUAAAUAGGCGCGUAUUGUUUACUUUCAGACAUUUAAGCCGUGUUUUAAAAGGCGGAAGUGUCGUUUUCACUCUCACGCAGGAUGUUGAUGAAAUGCUUUCACUUUACUUGUUAAUGAAAUCAUUUUACGCCAACGGGGACUUUUUAAGAAAAACCAAACAGACUUUUAUUUCGAUUGUUCAUCGUUCUAGGAAGGAAAGAUGCCCCUCUCGGUAGCCCUCUUAUGCUUCGCAGUAAAAAAACGAUUUCUAUGCUUUUUUGGGCUUUUUGAUGUGUACUUUGGCCGAUGUUAGUCUCGCAACUGGUCAUCGAUGACUACUCAUGUUUGGGAAGAGGAUGUUCUACACGAAGUAAUACGCCUCUCGUAGUUAACCAAACAAAUUUCCCCUCAUAACCUAGUAAUCAUGGUUGAAUAAUCUGUCUUGUCUUCACUCCACCGGUUCGAUUCUUUGCAAAGGAAGAUUAUAUCUUCAGUAACCUUUGAUCAUCCACUGAGAACAGCUGUAACACAUGUUCCACCAAGGCCACUGCACACAGAAAAGGUGAAAACUUUAGUUCUCAUGCCGAUAAGUCCUAGAACCUGCGCUCUUUUUUCUUCUCUGUAUUGCCGAGAAACACCGAAUAUUUUAUCUGGAUACCAUGUGGAUUCUCCAAAUCCUCGAACGUUACGAAUAAGGACUGGAGGUCUGUGGAAGAGGCGAUAUAGGCGUAUUUGUUCAUUUUUGCCCAUCACAAAACUCAUUUGAACAUUUCCACUGGCAGACUAUAGGAAAUAGGGCACUCGCACAGCCAGAAAACAGAUGUCAUUUGAUAAUUUGAAGCCAUUUACUUGUGGAAUUCGCGCCUGGUAUUUUGCCAAAUAUGAGCGACCCACAUCUCAGCCUUGUGGACUUUCCAUAUUUCCUUAUCUCUGCCUCGCAAACCGAGCUUAUCAUAGUCUUCCCUGACAUUCUUGUGUUAUUCAAUUUGCUUUUUAACCCUUAAGCUUUUUGCCCACUGCGUCGCCAACUUUCCACUCACUUUCAGGGUGUCUCUGAGGCAGUCCUACUUGCCUGUGGUCGACAGGUCCUCGGAGCUGUUACCAUCUUCUUCGGCUAUUACGCACUUGGGCUGCCUCUCUCCUUUUUCUUUUAUUUAAAGUGUGACCUCGGAAUCAUUGGUAGGUCCUCCUUUCUUGGUCCUUAGUCGAUCAUCUAUAGCACGAACUCACCGCUCUUUGACUUAUCCCCCACUCACUUUGUUGACUUGCAUACCGUUAGCUGUGCUCGGACGCCUGCUCUUCAUUUUCUCCACUCCAACCCUAAGUGGAUACAUCCCUCGAAGCCUUUAGCUUGAUUGGUCGAACGAAUAGGGAGUUAUGCAUAUCGGAAAACUUUAUUAUUUCACAACGGCAGCGGACACAAACGGCCUCAACUGCACAGUUCUAAGCUUCGCUUCCUCAUUCCAAUGAAAAGUUUUCCCUCCGGGUGACUCCUCAGUCACAAACUGUGCUUGAGCCCCGCGUUUAUUCGGAUCCUUCCCUGCAGUAAUAUGGUCUCAUCUAAGGCUGGCAUAGAAGCGUGACUUCCAUACAUUCUGCUGCGAUAUCGUUGGAUUCUGGUUUGUUUGCUAACUAGUUUUGUUCCCUUGGGUUAAAUGAGCUCGUGGAAGAUUUCUGUAUGAGAACGGUGCUCGAUUCAGCAAAUGCAGACAAAAGCAGUUGUUUAGGGACUGCUCUGCCGUCAGCAUUCUUCUAAUUUUUCUUAAUUACGAUGAGUCUCAUUCUGUCAGUUUGGGGAUUUCCAUUCUCAGGUGGUUUUAAGUGCCAGAGGUAAACUGAAUAAAACAGAAGGGAGACGAAAACAGCAGUCCUUUUCGGUUGGUUCAGUAAGUCUUAGUAAGUUGUUGUCGCAAUUUCCCGGCACUGUUCCUACCCACCUUUAAUAUUGUUUACUUGGUAGUUGGUUCCUUAUUCACAUGGAGCUAGUUUGCUUUGUGCUGCCAGCCAGAUCGCGGUGCGCUCUUUCCAGUAGGAAUCAGGGAGAGCGCACAGGGUGUCGUGGUCAGCGCCCCAUGUCGCCGUGAUACGGUCACUCCUGAUUCACGAUGCGCUUACUUGACCAUUCCAUGACAAUGCAUUUGCGAUUCUCUUUAAUGUAUUUUACGGAUGCUUCGUCCUGUAAAGCUGCUUGUGGAUGCCAAAUACGAGGUCGGCAAACCAUAAGAAACAAAAGCAACCCUGUCCGCAACCCAUUGUCCCCUCGCCUGCCAGAGUGAAUUUGCCCGUUCUGACAGCCUGGAGUAUUUGUCAGAAUUUCGACAGCCCAAUGCUCAACCGAACAUUAUGGAUGACGACUCUCAUUGCACGUAAACUUUUUGGAUGCAGGGAGGAUAUCACGGCCAUCAGCAGAACCCGCUACAUCGUCCAUGGCCAAAUGUAUGAAUUAGGGAUGAAAUACACCUGGAGUGCACUCUCAAGGACAAAGCGACGAGACCCUGUGGUAGACCUCGCCAUAAAGACCAGCAUUAUGAGGCAAAUGUUGUCUCUCCUGUAGAAUUAUCGGUUGUCAAUGACCAUGAGGCCUCUACCCGUAGGAGGAAUUCGUCGCAGUCAUCAGCUCCUAUACCAGUCCCCGGUGGUGAUGUAAAGGACAAGUUCUACGACGACCCACAUGUCUCUAUGUCUGUGCUAAAGGCAGAACUACCACCUCGUGAGGAUGGGAAGUACACGUCUACCGGAACAACUCUUCUAUGGUGAUGUCGCCACGGGUACUCGUCGACGACAACGACCAAAACGGCGCUAUAAGGAUACUUUGAAGAGCUCUUUGAAACGACUGAAGAUCAACCAGAAGACCUGGGAGAACCUCGCCCAGAACAGACAUAAAUGGUGAAGUGAAGUCCAGCUCAGCCAUCUACGAAGCAAAUCGGAUCGUCGCCGCCAAAGUCAAAAGGGAGGCGCGCAGGUCGCAUGUGCCUCGACUCAUCAAUGCCAACGGCCAGCCGCUUCCGAUAUGCCCGCGCCGUCGCCGCGCAUUCCGCGCUCGAAUCGGCCUUGUAGGACAUCUUCGGACGCAAAGCGUUAACAACCCGACAACAUCGACUUCUCCCACGUUCGCCCAUACCGCAAACCCCGCGACAACGACCACACUCGUCACCGCGAUCACACUGUUGCUGUCCCGCAGCCACCGACAUCAUCCGCCCUGCUCCCACCUCAGCGACCAGCGCCGCCAAUACCACGACACCACACUCUCCCCCACCAGUGAGACGUCGUCCGAAGUCACAUCACCUGCUUCCUUCACCACCAGCAUCUCCACCUCCAGCGAUGUGGACUCAGUCCAUACAUGUCCUCAUUGCGAUCGCACAUUCAUGUCACACAUCGGCCUAGUUGGUCGCUUGCGGAUUUACCUCACAGAGACUGGCGAAUCAAUGCCUGGAGCACUCACACUCGCCGCAUCCGCUUCCACUGUCCACGCUGUCCCCGCACAUCCACUCAUCGCAUGGACCUACCGGGUCAUAUGCGUAUCCACGACAGAGGAAUUCAUCGCAGUAUGACGCAUCUAGUAAGCCAAGCACACCCAUCAUGCCUAGCCAAAUCAACAUCUCAUUGCCCAGCGCGUCCAUCACCACUACCACCGCCGCCGCCACCACCACCACCACCACCACCGAAUUCGGUUUCUAAACUCCCGAUCAAUCCAGCCCACACUGUCCCUGUACAUUUGCCUCACACAUUGGCCUGGUCGGUCACUUGCUAAUCCAUCGCGCAGGCACUGGCAUACCUGUUCCUGCAGCACCAACCUACACUCAUCGCAUUCGCCUCCAGAACCCGUACUGUCCCCGCGCAUUCAGCCACCGUAUGAGCUUACUGGAUCACAUGCGUAUUCACAAAAACCUGUGGUAGACAACCACCGGCUACAAACUAUCACACCUUCCACCACCAGCACGUGCACCACACAACAACGUUACCCACCGCGAAAACUUAAUUGCCACCUCCCACGCAAUUGGGAAGUGUGUUUUUCGGCCCCUUCUGCAUGUGGCUCCUCUGCUGCAUGUGCGGUCUGAGUCUGAGACUAUCACGGUGCGCUAAUCACUGUGGUUUGGAAGGCUGUAGACUGACGCCUCAACUCAGCCCGCACAGUCUGCCCAGUUGUGUGCGUUUGUUUGCGGUGGCGGACUGAUGGGUUUAGAGUCGGCUGCCACGACUCCUUAACGUGACCUCUCACGCAUAUGAGGAGUGUGUUUUACGGGCAGCGCCUGUCAGUCGAUGGAUAACUGGUAACUGAAGUGGGAAAAGAGUAUCCCGGUAAAUAGUUUCCUGGAAAGAGCGGGUGUGUUCAGUAUUUAUAUUAUGUCGAAGGAUAAAGUGGGAUAGAUAAAUAGCAAUUAUACUGAAGAUUGUUAAAUUCGACUUUAACCAACCGCUACGCGCUUGCGACGGCACAACCAUGAGCACUCAGUGUUAGUGGAGGGGAAUUAUGUUUGCCCACCGUUUCUUAUUUUGCUGACUCAAUUUCUCAGUCCUUUUUUCUCCACUGGCAUUUUUACCAUCUGCGACACAGCGGAAUGUUACAGUGUUUUCUCAGGGCGGGCAGCUUCAUCAUCAUUAUUAGGUUUACGUACGAGUUGAAGGAAUAAAGAAUACCAUGUUAAGUUUCGUCACAUGAAACUUUUCUUUGCUCUCGAUUCCAUUAUUUUUUUCACGUUUCGAAUGCUAUCGGUUUUUUUCCUUUUUCAUAAAGGGAUGUGGAUUGGCAUAGCCGUUGGUUUCCUUGUUACUGCUCUGACGUACACAUUCUUCGCUCUCCGCACUGAUUGGUUACAGCAGUCCAGAAGGGUAGGUUUCCUGGUCAGUUUUCCUGUAAACCCGUAUUUCGCCUGUAAUUUGUCCCGUUUUCCCUUGUUUAAUUACAGGCGCUGAAUACUGUUCGGCAGCAGUCACACGCAUUCGCCGGUGAGUUGCUUCCCUUCGCUUUGAACACUCUUGUUGACGUCUUUUAACUGAUCCGAGGUCUAUCUGUAUAGCGCUCUGGUGUCAAUAAUUCCGUUCUCUGCUAUGAAACUUCUUGUUUGCGUCCUCACCUCUUGUUCAGAGUGUUGUUGGGCAUGAGACGGGCCCUCGUUUUGAUUUGAUCUUAUAGUCCCUUUGCUGUAUCCCUGACUUUAGUUCAGACGGUAAGAGGUAAAGCAGGCGGCUGACGGAAUCUUCGUAAAAUCUAAGCGACAAUGCUGCUUGAUAUAGAAUAUUUUUAGCAAUUCGUGUCUUAGUAGGUUGCCAACUGACACGAUAACACAAUCAUCAUGAGUGUAUUUUAAGCGAAUGUACGUUUCGGAUGUCAAGUUACAAUGGCUCCCCCCCCCCAAUGUGGUCUUUAUUGCGUUUAUUGAAGCCUGGCGCGUGCUGCAGAGGCCAGGUCGUAUGUGGCACGCGUAGGCGGGCUGUAAAGCUUUGUCAACCACUGCGCAUGAGCUCACCUCCGGUUGUCUCGACAUUGUCUCAUCAUCGGAGCCUGGCGGUCAAUGGAGGAAAGGGUGAAGUAGAUGCUGCAAAGGUCCACCUCAGCAUAAACUAGUUCCCGCACACAUCGCCCACUCCUUUGGGAGCACGGUAGACGUCGCGACGACCGAACUAUCAUGCCUGGAAAUGGUUUGGGUUACUUUAUAUGUUACAGACUUUGCGAGUCCUGCCGGGGACUCUCCUAAGUGCUGUGCGAAUCUACUUUCCAUUGGGAAACGUCAAUUCUGUCUGCCGACCUUUUCAUUCAGGUCGUUCACAUCGAAGUAACUCAUGCUUGUCAGGCAAUUCCUCUUGACGAAUUUUUUCCCGACAGUCUGUCCAUCGCCUUUGCAUGCACCCCCAUAUUUAAGGGAAUUCAAACUGCUCGCAAGUAGCUGAGGGUCUCUGCUGAGAACGCUGUUAACCUUGACACAUUGUGUGAUCGUGACGAUAUUGGAUCCUGGUCCUUACGGGCGAUUUAAAGGGAAUAUCUAUUAAUAUACACAGAUGAUGGCCAUGACCACCGCAGCCCAUAGCCAGAGUAAUAAUUGCGAAUUCAAACGUCUAGCGGUUUCGCCUAAUCUGGCGGCAAGCGUUUCCUCGUCGUGCGCGUUCGCUGUUUCCGGGGUUCACUUUAAAGAAUUAGACUAACCCCCCGGUAUAGGUAGGGAAAUCUAAUUGGGUUGGGCAGACAGGGUCAUGGCCUCAUAGACGGUGUCAAUCAUGGACCUGCUAAACAACCCGUUGCUAGUGGACCUGCAAAUUGGCCCUUUCUGCAAGUUGAGGGUAGAAUUUUGCUAGAUUGGCGGUCGCUUUGAGCCAGUAUAUCAGCUCAGUCGGAAGGAUAUCGAAGCACCAUUCGCGGUUUUCAUCUGUAUUGCAGUACGUACCUUAUUGUUUGAUUUAACUGAUUUUAUGCAGUCUUCCACCACUUCGCGUUUGACACACCCUUGGCGUAUACGUUUCUUUUUUCUUUUUCCUACAGACCAUGAAAUCAUUGAAGAUGGCAUCUCCGGAAUCACCUCGUUCAGCGAUUGCUCCGAGAAACCAUACUGGUCGUCGACUACUCGACGCUCCUGCAACUACGCGGUCAGAGUUCGUGUCUUCCUCUUUAUCCUUAUCGGGUUUCUUCUCUUCGGGUCUAUUGUACACCGCAAAGCCAUAGCUGUACCCCUGUGGUUUGAGCGGUGUGUGGAGGGCCUGCGGUUAAAUGGCACCUUAGCACCCUACUGUUCAAUGGAUCUCGCAGGCGUUAAGGCCGCUGCAACUCUGUCCACCUAA